AUGACCUCUCGCGUCCUUCAGCGCGGCUCCCAGAUCGAUCAGCUCGAGAACAGCCUCAGCAAUGUCCGCUUAGAUGAAUCGAGCAAGCCGAAGAAGAAAACCGACAACCAGCACUCCAAUGACCAAUCGGCUCCCGCGUCUUUCUCUGGCACGAAAGCAUUCAGCCAAUCGAAAAACAAACCAUACGCCCUGGCACCUCCGCCCUCAGCCCCAUCCAUCUCUAACCCUGCCAGCUUGGCCAAUAUGGGCAUCGGACAGUAUGACGGCGGUUUCGAGAGAGACGAGGCCUCGGGUAGAGGGUCUUGGGACCCGGGUCACAAACCGGAGAAUGACACGCUUGAUUUCGAGAUCCCAUCCCCCCUCCCAAAGACUCAGUGGAGCUUGAACUCAUUUGACAUUGGUAGAGCCCUCGGUAAAGGUAAAUUUGGCAGGGUAUACAUGGUUCGAACUAAAGCGCCCCCUCAGUUUAUCAUUGCUCUCAAGUGCUUAUACAAGCGAGAACUGGUCGAAUGUAAGGUCGAGAAACAGCUCCGGAGAGAAAUCGAAAUUCAAAGUAAUCUGAGACACCCAAAUAUCCUCCGUCUCUAUGGGUACUUUCACGACGAAAAGAGAAUUUUUUUGAUGCUAGAAUUCGCUGGCAAAGGAGAGCUGUACAAACAACUUCAUCGCCACGGGAAGUUCAGCGAAAAGCGUUCUUCCAGAUACAUCGCCCAAAUGGCGGAUGCACUUCAUUAUCUACACCGAAAGCACGUGAUCCAUCGAGACAUCAAGCCCGAGAAUCUCUUGUUGGGAGUCGAAGGAGAACUGAAGAUCGGGGACUUUGGCUGGAGUGUGCACGCACCCGGUAAUCGAAGAAAAACUCUCUGCGGCACUUUGGAUUACCUGCCCCCGGAAAUGGUUGAGGGUAAAGAUCACAAUGAGAAGGUAGAUUUAUGGGCACUUGGUGUAUUGACCUAUGAGUUCCUCGUUGGCGUGCCACCGUUUGAGGACUUGUCCGGCCACAAUGCCACGUACAAGAAAAUCUCGAAAGUCGAAUUUAGUAUCCCACCGACUGUAUCCUCCGAAGCUUCAGACCUCAUCCGCAAAUUAUUGAAGCACGAUCCUCAGGACAGAUUACCAUUGCCUCAGGUAGCCAACCAUCCGUGGAUUUUGAAGUAUUCGAAAACCCGGAACGGGGCAAGCGGCGGCGGCAGUAACGGGGCCAAGACUUCCUGA